AUGCACAAUCGCUCACGGUAUGACGAUCACAUCAUCAUCAAGCAACUGGCCAGGGAAUUCAAAAGCCACGAGUUUGAAUGUCUGGGUGAAAACAGCGAAAAAUACAUCAGCUUCUCCAUCAAGCAAUCCGUCACAUUUCAAGGAAAAGACGGCGAACCGCUGAAGCAGAUGAGGAAGAACAAGAAAACCAACCAAAUGAAAGAAGUGGAAAUCAGCACGACCUGCAAAAUCAAGUUUAUCGACAGCUGCAGGUUCAUGCAAAGCUCAUUGUCAAGCCUUGUAGAUAAUUUAGCUGGAACCAACAGUGUCAGCUGCAACGACUGCAAAUCAAACAUGGAACUCAUCGAGAUUGACUCAGAGUACAAGGCGCAAUUCAAGUGCCAAACCCGUUACUGCUCUUACAAGACGGUGGAACUAAAUGAGCAUUCCAUGAAAAAGAAAUUUUCCAGCACAUUCAAGCAUGCAAAGGGCAAUGACGAGCACUUAAGACUUUUCCUGCGUAAGGGUGUUUACCCCUACGAAUACAUGGAUGCGUGGGAGCGUUUUAAAGAGACAGCACUUCCUCCAAAAGCACAAUUUUACAGCAGCUUGAACCUUGAAAACAUCACCGAAAACGACUACAAGCAUGCUCAAAAGGUGUGGAAGGCUUUCAACAUCAAAAACCUUGGAGAGUACCACGAUCUCUACGUGAUGAGCGACACGCUUCUUUUAGCAGAAGUUUUUGAAAAUUUUCGAGACACUUGUCAAAACAUCUACGAGCUUGAUCCAGCGUAUUUUUACACUGCUCCAGGCCUCGCAUGGCAAGCAGCUCUAAAAGUGACGGGUCAGGUGCUCGAGCUUCUCUCAGACAUCGAGGGGCUCAGGGGUGGUAUUUGCCAAGCAAUCAAGCCCCAUGCUAAGGCGAACAAUCCGUACAUGGGGGAAUUGUUUGAUGUCAACCUGUUGAUCUCGUAUCUGCUGUACAUCGAUGCCAACAAUCUGUACGGAGGUGCCAUGUCACAAAAGCUGCCAACACACGGCUUUAAGUGGCGUGAAGACCUCGAAAAUUUUACUCAAGCUUUUAUAGAAAAUUAUAAAAAUGGAGAUGAUGGCUAUUUUCUUGAGGUGGAUGUCCACUACCCGAAAAAGCUGCACAAACUCCACAACGACCUUCCAUUCUUGCCUGAAAAGAUGCGUCUGAACAACGACUGUGAAAAGUUGACGUGCAAUGUGUUUGACAAGGAAAAAUACGUGCUGCACAUUCGCAAAUUGCAGCAGGCACUGCAGCAUGGAUUGGUUCUCACCAAGGUGCACCGAGUCAUUGAGUUCAAGCAAAGUGCUUGGCUGAAACCCUACAUUGACAUGAACACAAAGCUGCGAAAGGAUGCAAAAAAUGACUUUGAGAAAGACUUUUUUAAGCUAAUGAAUAAUAGCGUCUUUGGCAAGACCAUGGAGAACGUUCGCAAGCACCGUGAUAUCAAACUGGUGACAACGGAAUGGAGGCGCAAGAAGCUCGCAUCAGCUCCAAACUAUCACAGCACAUCAAGAUUUGACAAGAAAUUUGUGGCAAUGGAAAUGAACAAAGUGAAGGUCGUCAUGAACAAACCUGUCUACCUCGGCCUCUCCAUCUUGGACUUGAGCAAACUCACGAUGUAUGAGUUUCACUAUGACUAUAUCAAGCCGAAGUUUGGUGCAAGCGCAGAGCUUUGCUACAUGGACACAGAUAGUUUCGUCUACCACAUCAAAACAGACGAUGUCUAUAAAGAUAUCGCAGGUGACGUUGAAUCAAGGUUUGACAAACGUCCCUUGCCUAUUGGCAAAAGCAAGAAAAAAUUGUGCUUAAUAAAGGAUGAACUUGGUGGCAAAAUCAUGAUCGAAUUUGUUGCAUUGAGGUCAAAAAUGUAUGCGUACAAGACACUCGAAGGAUACGUGCAAAAGAAGGCAAAAGGUACAAAAAAGUGUGUCGUCAAGAAACAGAUCACGUUCGCAGACUAUUUGAGCAGCCUGCAGACCUGUCAAAAUUUGUAUCGCACGCAACUGAGAUUUACCAGUCGAAAACACGAGAUUUUCACCGAAAAGCUGAACAAAAUUGCGCUGAGUGUUGAUGAUGACAAGCGACUUCAAGCUCAAGGUGGGUUCACCUUUGCACAUGGAAGCAGUCCUGGAUUGGUUUGCAAGCAAGAAUUGCUCACCAGAGUGUGGCAUCCCGACCAUGUUAAACUGUUUUGA